AUGGAAAACCGUGAAAGUACAGUUUCAAUCGAACUAAUCGGGUACGCAAUUCAGCUACUGCAAGAAAUGGCGACUGAGCUAAACCAGCUACACCUUCCGCUUUCGGAGGUCGAUCGGAUUAUCGAUGCCGUAAGUCAGGUCGUGCCCUGCUGGGAGGCACUGCUGGCCGACAUCCAAAGUGCCAGCCGGAGCGAGAACGUACCAAAUCAGGUGCCGAAGCCGUUGGUACUCAAGGAGGAGGACUCUUCGGCAGCAGAUUCCGUAGCGGUACUCCUCAACACCAUUCUAGCACAGCUUGAAGCGUACAAGCAGCUCGUUGUACAAGUCGCGGAUUGUCCACGAACGCCGCCGCUGGAGAAUCUGCUGACGAAGCUGGCCGAGCAGGGAAGCGAUUCGCUGCAGAGACUGCGCUCGUUCAUGGAAACUUCAGCAGCUGGAGGUCACGCGAUGUCGAACGUGGAACUGGCUGUGGAAGAGUCGUGUGUCGUUGAGGAGAAGAUCUCCGUGGGACAAGAUCCGGAAGCGGCAACGCCAACCGUCUCUGGAAGGAUAAAAGCGGCGGGCGCUAAUCGCAGAAGUGCCGUUGCUCGACCACGAGUCGUGCUGGACGACGUGCUUGAUCAUGUGGUGCCGAAGACGAAGAAAGACCAGAAAGUCCAGCUCGGAUUUGUGUGCGACCUCUGCCGGAAACGUUACACCUCGAAGCAGAACCUGGAAGGUCAUAUGAACAGCGUGCACCUGAAAGUAAAGCCCUUUGCGUGCAGGGUGUGCAACCAAAGGUUUUCGAUUCGAGCGGCCCAGAACAGGCACCAACAGCGCCAUUUUUGGAUGUUCAACUGCGACAUGUGUAACAAUCGAUACAAGCUGAAGGCUCACCUUCUCCAGCACAAGGCAAAGCGUCAUUGA